AUGCCGGAGCAGCACAAGCGCUCGGCGGACGCCGACGACGUCGCGGACGCCGACGCGAGCAGUUUCCUCGAGAGCGCCCAGCGCUCAGUGGACUUUCUCUUCUCCUCCGCCGUCGUGUUGCCGGGUGACGACGUGACUGCUACGCUCACGAAGACGACGCGUCGUGUCCAACUCGGUGCGGGACUGAAGCAGCUGCCGGACGACCGCAUCGUGUGCACGAACGCAGGCGUUCUCCGCUACCGUCCCGCCAAUCGCUACUGGGUGGAGUUCAACUGCAGACGCUACGUUGCGUCGAUGGACGACGGCGUCAUUGGCGUCGUGACGGAUCGCAACGCCGACUUUUACCGUGUAAACAUUGGAGCUGCUGCUAGCGCUGUCUUGGGCUCGCUGGCGUUUGAUGGCGCUACAAAGCGGAAUCGUCCGAACCUCCGUCUCGGAUCCCUCGUCUACGCUCGAGUAAACAAGGUCAAUCCGAACGUGGAACCUGAGCUCACCUGCGAAGCUCCCCCAAGUGUGACGAAGAAAGACUGGAUGACUGGUCUUGCCAUCUACGGUGAGCUGAACGACGGCUACGUGUUCAAGACGUCUAUUGGGCUAGCAAAGUCGUUGCUGCACGAAAACUGUCAGGUGCUGGCGUCCCUGAGCAAGCGAUUGGCUUUUGAGGUAGCUGUUGGAGUCAAUGGUGUCGUGUGGGUCAACGCGAAAACAGCGAAGAACAUUACAAUAAUAUCCAACUCGAUCAUGAACUCGGAGACCAUGUCAUCGAGCGAGACCGAUGCCAUGGUGUCUCGGCUCACGGAAGAUGUUGAUGAGGCUUGA